AUGAGAACUUACCAUUGCUUCUGGCUGCUGUUUUGGGCUGGUCAGCCCCACCAAAGUUUCUUAACUCCAUUAUCCAAAAGGACUAGUGGCUUUCCAGAAAAGGAAAAGGUUUUGGUGUUGUCUGGAAACAGCAGGCAAGACCUCCAUCGUUCUAAAAGGAGCUGGAUGUGGAAUCAGUUCUUUUUAUUGGAGGAAUACACAGGAACUGACUACCAAUAUGUUGGCAAGCUGCAUUCAGACCAGGAUAAAGGAGAUGGAUCACUUAAAUACAUCCUUUCUGGAGAUGGAGCAGGAGACCUCUUCAUUAUCAAUGAAAACACUGGUGACAUCCAGGCCACAAAGAGACUAGACAGGGAAGAAAAGCCUGUAUACAUACUCCGUGCCCAGGCUAUAAACAGAAGGACUGGAAGACCAGUGGAACCAGAAUCUGAGUUCAUCAUUAAGAUCCAUGAUAUCAAUGACAAUGAGCCAAUGUUUACAAAGGAUGUUUACAAUGCCAGCAUUCCCGAAAUGUCAGAUGUUGGUACCUUUGUUGUGCAAGUCACUGCAACUGAUGCCGAUGAUCCUACAUAUGGGAACAGUGCUAAAGUUGUCUACAGCAUUCUCCAGGGACAACCAUAUUUUUCCGUCGAAUCUGAGACAGGCAUUAUUAAAACUGCUUUACUGAACAUGGACCGUGAAAAUAGGGAGCAAUACCAAGUGGUCAUCCAGGCUAAAGACAUGGGAGGCCAGAUGGGCGGAUUAUCAGGAACCACCACCGUGAACAUCACGUUGACUGACGUAAAUGACAAUCCACCUCGUUUUCCCCAGAGCACAUACCAGUUCAGGGCUCCUGAGUCUACGCCGCUCGACUCCCCAGUUGGCAGGAUAAAAGCUAAUGAUGCUGACGUGGAUGAAAAUGCAGAGAUUGAAUACAGCAUCACUGAGGGGGAUGGAUAUGACAUGUUUGGAAUUACCACGGACAAGGACACACAGGAAGGAAUUAUAACUGUGAAAAAGGCCUUGGAUUUUGAAAGUAAAAACUUGUAUAUUCUCAAAGUGGAAGCUACCAAUACUCAUGUGGACCCUCGAUUCCUGUACUUGGGGCCAUUCAAGGACUCAGCUACAGUCAGAAUUCAGGUGGAGGAUGUAGAUGAACCCCCCAUGUUCAGCAGACCAGCAUACAUAAUGGAAGUGAAAGAAGAUGUUCCAUUAAACAGUGUCAUAGGAACAGUAACUGCUCAGGAUCCAGAUGCUGUCAAGAACCCUGUCAAGUACUCUGUAGAUCGUCACACUGAUAUGGACAGAGUAUUCAACAUCAAUUCAGGAAAUGGUUCGAUAUUCACUUCAAAACCCCUUGACCGGGAAACACUGCUGUGGCACAACAUUACAGUAAUAGCAGCAGAGAUCAACAACCCUAAACAAAGCAGCCGUGUCCCAGUGUUCAUUAAAGUUUUGGAUGUAAAUGACAACGCUCCAGAAUUCGCCAUGUUUUACGAGACCUUCGUCUGUGAAAAUGCAAAGGCAGAACAGCUGAUUCAAACAUUAAGUGCUGUUGAUAAAGAUGACCCUUACAAUGGACAUCAGUUUUCAUUCUCCUUAGCUCCUGAGGCAGCCAGCAGCUCAAACUUUACACUACAGGACAACAGAGACAACACAGCAGGGAUUUUCACGCGAAAAACCAGAUAUAACCGGCAUGAAACAAGUACCUACUUCUUGCCAGUGGUAAUAUCAGACAAUGAUUACCCCAUCCAGAGCAGCACUGAAACGGUGACUAUUCGAGUGUGUGCUUGUGACCAUCGAGGAAAGAUGCUGUCCUGUAAUGCAGAAGCCUUGAUUCAUCCUACUGGUCUUAGCACUGGGGCUCUUAUUGCCAUUCUUCUCUGCAUCAUUAUAUUACUUGUUACCGUGGUGCUGUUUGCAGCACUGAGACGGCAGCGGAAAAAAGAGCCUUUGAUAAUUUCCAAAGAAGACAUCAGAGACAACAUUGUCAGUUAUAAUGAUGAAGGUGGUGGAGAGGAAGACACCCAGGCGUUUGAUAUUGGCACGCUGAGGAAUCCCGAAGCCAUAGAUGAUAAUAAAUUACGCAGAGACAUUGUGCCGGAAACACUUUUUAUGCCGCGGAGGACUGCAACAGCACGAGAUAACACGGAUGUCAGAGAUUUCAUUAACCAAAGGUUAAAGGAAAAUGAUACAGAUCCAACAGCACCCCCGUAUGACUCAUUAGCAACCUACGCGUACGAAGGUAAUGGUUCUGUGGCCGAGUCCCUCAGUUCCUUGGAGUCGGUGACUACGGACGGAGAUCAGGACUACGAUUACCUCAGUGACUGGGGACCUCGGUUUAAAAAGCUGGCAGAUAUGUAUGGCUCAAUGGACAGUGACAAAGACUCUUAA